GUAUAAUGGCUCUCUUCCCGGAGGAGACCGCGGUCGCAAGAGGAGCCGCUUCGCUCUUCACCGGAGGACCAAAGCUAACGGCGUCAAGCCCAGCACCGUGCACAUCCUCAGCAACCCACACGACAGCAAGGCGGUGAACAGCAGGGGGCAGCACAGCAUCUCCUUCACUCUCUCCAGGAGCCAGACGGUGGUGGUGGAGUAUUGCCAUGACAACCUCACAGACAUGUUCCAGGUCAGUUCCACACGCUCCGUUCAAACUGACCCUAACUGGGUUUCAGGUAAAGAAUUAUGAAAAACAAACACACACACACACUCACUCUCACACUCACACACACACA